AUGACGGGCACGCAACUUCCCAAUUUUGAAAUUAAAAUUAAGAUGGAAUCAUUACUGAAAGCAAUAAAAGAUUCAGAUGCAAUCAAGAACGAAGAUUUCAGAAACACCCGGAAAUGGAGAUUCAAAAGUAUUCAAGAAUACGUGAUGGCAAUUCAACACAAUGUUGAACAAAUGAGGAGGACUCUAUUGGCUAUCCAGAAACGAUAA